AAACAAUUCACCAUUCUUACACACACGUACCCACAAGUCAUUCUCUCAUACAGCCAUGGCCAUGAAAGCGAUCGUGAAAAGUGCUAUCUCCGGCGACUCUCUUAUUCUUCGUGGACGUCCUGGACCGCAAGGACAACCUCCAAAGGAACGUAUUCUUCACCUCGCCGAUGUCUCUUCACCUCGUAUGGGCAACCAGUCGCGCGAAGAUGAACCAUGGGCAUUUGAAGCUCGCGAGUUUCUUCGCGCGAUGGCAGUCGGCAAAGAAAUCACCUUCACAUCAUCUCACUCACUACCUCCAAACGAAGACGUCCCUCGCGACCUCGGCAACGGUGAAAUCAACGGCCAUGACCUCGCCACGGAGCUCCUCAAGAACGGAUGGGCAAAGGUCAAGGAGAUCAAGAGAGAGCCGACCGAGGAGGAUACGAAGAGAAAGGAGCUCGAGACUGAGGCUAAGAACGCUGGUCGUGGUGUGUGGAACCCUCAUGGGCCCAAGGCUCGCGAAGUGAUACACAACAUGCCGAUCGACUCACAAGCCUACAUCACCGAAUGGAAGGGCAAACCGAUUGAUGCCAUCGUCGAAGCCGUCCGCGAUGGCUCAACACUCCGCGUACGCCUCCUAAUGCCCGAAGGCGAACACCAAUUCGUCAACAUCGCCCUCGCAGGUGUCAAAUCUGCUCGCGCCGCAUCAAAGCAGGGUGAACCAUCCGAGCCAUGGGGCGAAGAAGCUAAAUUCUUCACGGAAUCGAGGCUCCUGCAACGCGCCGUAAAGGUUCAGCUACUCUCGCUACCAACAGCUGCCGCUACACCUUUCCAGGCCAGCGCCAACGGAGGAGCACCCGCACCUGCGAGUAUCUUCAUCGGCAACGUUCUCCAUCCAGCUGGUAAUAUCGCCGAACAUCUCGUCGGAGGUGGACUCGCUCGUGUCGUCGACUGGCACGCAGGCAUGCUUGCCUCCUUCGGCGGGAUGGAACGUCUCCGCGCCGCAGAAAAGUCGGCCAAAGAAAAACGCAUCGGUCUGUACGCGAACGCUCCCAUCUCAGCUACAAAUGGUAAGGCAUCUGGCGCUGGAGGAGCCGCAGGUUCAGGCGGUGCAGCAAAUGGCGUGGGCAGAAGUUUCGAGGCGACGGUGGUUAGGGUGUGGAGUGGUGAUCAGGUCAGUUUGGUGGAGAGGGAGAAGGCGGGGGCGAAGGAGAAGAGGGUGCAGUUGAGUUCGGUUAGGGGGCCGAAGGCAUCAGACCCCAAGCAGGCACAUUGGGCCAUUGAGGCUAGGGAAUUCCUGCGGAAAAAGCUUAUCGGCAAGCACGUCAAGGUUCAUGUCGACUUCAUUCGUCCCCGGGAAGGCGAGUACGAUGAGCGGGAGUGCGCCACAAUACGCUAUGGGAACCAGAGCGCCAACGUUGCUGAACAACUUAUUGAGAAGGGUUUGGCGGGUGUUGUACGACACAAGCGAGACGAUGAAGACCGGUCACCGGAUUAUGAUAAGCUCAUGGCCGCCGAACAAAAUGCUGUCACAGAAGCCCGCGGUAUGCACUCAGGCAAAGAGUUCCCACCACCCAAGCAACCUCUAAACUUGUCCGAGGCUGCCAACCGUGCGAACCAGUUUGUCAAUGGCUUCAAGCGACAAGGCCGGAUACCGGCCGUCGUCGAAUACGUUGCUGCUGGCUCACGCUUUAAGGUUCUACUCCCAAAAGACAACCAAGUCCUCACACUAGUCCUCGGUGGCAUCCGCGCACCACGAACCGCUCGCAAUGCCUCAGAAAAAAGCGAACCCUUCGGUACUGAAGCCGCCGAAUUCGCCACACGGAAAUAUAUGCAACGCGACGUCGAGAUCGAGAUCGACACAGUCGACAAGUCAGGAGGCUUUAUCGGUGCGCUGUACGUGAACAAGACGGAGAAUGCUGCGGUGGCGCUGGUCAGGGAAGGUCUGGCAUCCGUUCAUGCGUUUUCGGCGGAGAGUUUGCCUUGGUCGAGACAUCUGUUCGAGGCUGAGGAAGAGGCAAAGAAGGCGAGGCGGAAUAUGUGGGCAGACUACGACGAGUCGGCGGAGCAGGUAGAGGUUGUAGUAGAAGACGACACGACCGCACUUCAGCCUGAAUAUCUCGACGUCAUCGUCUCCGACGUUCGCACUAAGAACGGUUUCGGCUUCUCCGUCCAGAUUCUCAACACCGAAGGUAUCGCCUCCCUCGAAAAACUCAUGCGCGAUUUCUCGCUGCACCAUAAGGGCGCACAAUCGACGACUACGCCAGGGUUCGUGCCUAGGGGCGGAGAUCUUGUGUCGGCAAAGUUCUCGGACGGGUCGUGGUACCGGGCGAAGAUCAGGAGGGCGUCGGCACUGAAGAAGGAGGCAGAGGUGACGUUCAUUGAUUAUGGGAACCAGGAUACGAUUGGGUUUGAGAACAUUCGACCGCUGGAUCCGAAAUUCAGGUCGUUGCCUGGUCAAGCUCACGACGCACGACUAAGCUUCAUCAAGCUCGUUGGCCCGGAAAGCGACUACCAUCUAGAAGCUAUCGACCGCUUCCGUCAAUACUGCGAAGGCCGCAAGCUCGUCGCUAACAUCGAUCAAAAGGAAGGCCAGCUGCUACACCUUCGCCUCAUGGACCCUUCCGACCCCAACGCAUCGAACGACCCCCUUGCAUGUAUCAAUGCCGACCUCCUGAGGGACGGUGUUGCGACGGUCGAUAAGAAGGGUUGUCGGUACAUGAGCUCUUACCCUGCGGUGAUUAAGAAGAUGAGGGAGGCUAUCGAGGGUGCGAAGAGGGAUCGGUUAGGAAUGUUUGAGUUUGGCGAUGUGGAGGAGGAGGACUAG